AUGGCCGAGUGGACAGAGGAAGAAUGGACCUCCUUUAUCCAAUCGAAAGUAGCUGAGGUUCUAGGACAAAAUGUAUCCACUGAUGAUUCGACGCCUUUGGCCUCUCUAAGCACGCCGAGCGACCCACGUUUCCCUCUGACGAUCGACCACACGUUGCUCAAACAGGAUGCAACCCCUUCGCAAAUCGACAGUCUCUGCGAUGAGGCAAUCCAGUACGGCUUCAAAAGAGUGACAGAACGUCUCGCUGCGGCAAACUCGAAGACAAUCGCGUGCUGUGUAGUCGGAUUUCCUCUUGGUGCCGGAUCAGCGGACGCCAAAGCCUACGAAGCACAACAAGCCAUCAAAGACGGUGCACUAGAAGUUGACACUGUCAUCCCUGUUGGCCUGCUUCUUUCCGAUGUGACCCAAUAUCGUGAAAUUUAUAACCAUCUCAAGACCAUUAUCACGGCUUGCGCUCCUGUCCCUGUAAAGGUCAUCAUAGAGACUGGGUUGAUUCCUUCGCCAGAACUCAAGAUAGCAGCCUGUAUUCUCUCUGCGGAAGCUGGUGCCGCUUUUGUAAAAACCUCAACUGGAUUUGCUUCAGGAAGUGGGGCCACCAAAGAGGAUGUGCGGCUCAUGUAUAGAGCCGUGAAGUACAAGGGAAAUGUACAAGUCAAAGCAUCUGGGGGUGUUCGCUCUUUCGACGCCUGUAAAGAGAUGUUUUUAGCCGGGGCCGAGAGGAUAGGGACGUCGUCUGGUGUCACGUUAAUCAAAGACGCUGUCGUUGUUGGGGAUGGAUAUUAA